AUGGAGGUCAAUGCGUAUCUGUAUCUGUGGGCUGUGGCUACCUGUUUGAGUGUGUUAGUGACUAUCAGCUGGGACCUAAGGAUGGACUGGGGACUGCUACAAGGGAAUGGCCUCCUGAAAGAAGAGCUUGUCUACUCAAGAGAAGUGUACUACUAUGCAGCCAUGUUAGCAGAUGUGCUACUGCGGAUCUCCUGGGCUAUAAAUAUCCUCCUAGCUCAGAUGAAGGAUUCAGCUGCUGCUUCUACUGCUAGUGCUGUACUGGCUCUGCUGGAGGUCCUCAGGCGUUCUAUGUGGAACCUCUUUCGGCUGGAGAAUGAGCACCUAAAAAACUGUGAACAGUGUCGAGCUGUUCGUGAUUUUGAGUUCCCUAGCAGGACAGUAAACAUGCCAGAGCAGUUCCUCCAAGAGAAGCUGAUGGACCAGGAUGAGCUAGAUAACACUGAACCCAACACCAGUACCUCACAUCAUAAACCAACUUGUUUACCAUUCAGAUAUUUAAGACCAGCCGUUGAGGAGACAAACUUACCCAUACAGAGCCCAAAGAUGGAGCCAGCACCAUUUCCAUGAAGUGGAAAGAUGUGCAUGCAUGUAGAUAACAUAAGAGACAUUGAUGAGAGCUGAACUUCCCAACAGUUAAUACAUUCUAACUGUACUGGCCGGUCACAUAUUGCUUUUUGUUAAGAUUGUGACGUUCAAACAUAUAAGGACCAAGACCAAGAUGUCCCUCAAAAUAAUGCUUUCCUUUAUUUCACUUCUAAAACCAUCAGUAUUUCAAUUUUCCAGACCAGCUGAUAUGCAAAAAUCAGGCAAGCAUGUACUAUACAGCAGCUUGAGCCCGAGCAAAUAGAGAA